GGCAGUGCUUGGAUUUCUGAGACAGUGGCAUAAUGGUAAUUUCAAAUGCUUAUAAAACCCGUCAUAUUUUAAACCAGGACCGGCAAACGGGCAGAGGGAAGAGGGAAACCAAUUGAGGCUGCGCUGGGUUCGGCAGCUGCAGCAGCUCGGUCGACAAUAUCGACAGAUUAAUAAUACAGUAGUAAUUAUGCUUAUUUCACUCAGAAAUCUAGCCAAAUCCAAGGCCAAUACCAACUGCUCCCUUUGCUCCUCCUCCGCCGCCAUCCUCGAUGCCAAUUCUCUUCUCUCCACCGCCGCCGCCGCUGCUGCUACCAUCAGCAGCAGCAUCAGCGGUGGUUGUUAUUGCUUUUGUUGUUCCUUCAGUUUCAGCCCCAACGGUUCCCCUGCCGCCGCUGCUUUCUCAACCAUGGCCCGCAUGACUCCGGCGAGGGACGUGGUCCUCUCUUUCAAAGAGUGGUUCCAGACUCGCAACGACGCUUUAUUGGAUCGCAUCUUCCUCAUCCUCAAAUCCUCUACCGACGGCGACGCGGCCGCCACCACCGACCGCCGCCUUAACAGCGACGGCGACAUCCCCUUGCGCUAUAAUAUCCCUUACUCCUCCGCCGACUUGGCCCUUUCCCAUCUCAGUCUCCGCCUCACGGAGGCCUUCGUCCUCGAGGUCCUCCGCUACGGCAGCAACGACCAUGAUGUCCUCUCCUGCCUCAAGUUCUUUGAUUGGGCCGGCCGCCAGCCCGGCUUCCGCCACACCCGCGCCACCUUUAACGCCAUCUUCAAGAUCCUUUCCAAGGCCAAGCUCAUGUCUCUCAUGCUCGACUUCCUCUCCAACUACUGCAAGCAGAGGUACGCCCACACCGUCCGAUUUCACGACACUCUGGUCAUGGGCUACGCCGUCGCCGGCAAGCCCCACAUUGCCCUCCAACUGUUUGGUAAAAUGCGCUUCCAGGGUCUCGACCUCGAUUCCUUUGCCUACCAUGUCCUUUUGAAUGCUCUAGUGGAGGAGAGUUGCUUUGAUGCUGUUCAGGUCAUUGCCAAGCAGAUUUCUUUGAGGGGUUUCGAGAACGAAAUUACCCAUUCCAUCAUGCUCAAGUGGUUCUGUAAGCAGAAGUUGCUCGAUCAAGCUGAAGCCUAUUUGCGUCAAUUGGUGUCUGACGGCAAGCCGGUCACUGGCCAUGCCGUCAGUGUCCUUGUGGACGCCCUUUGUAAGCAGAAGAAGUUCCAGCAUGCUGGCCAAUUAGUCGAGGAGUUUCAGGACCUUGGGGUGGCUUUCAUGGAGAGUGUUUAUAGUGUGUGGAUGCGUGAUCUUGUUCAGGCUGGGAGGUUGGAUGGAGCAUUGGAGUUUUUGCAGAACAAGAAGUCGUUGGAAGGGUAUGUACCUGAUGCUUUUAGGUACAAUACUUUGAUAUGUAGGCUUUUGAAGGAGGAUCGCCUCGAGGAGGUUUGUGAUUUGUUGAUGGAGAUGAAGGAGGGUAAGAUUUCCCCUGAUAAGAUCACCAUGAAUGUUGCCUUGUGCUUCUUCUGCAAAGCGGGGAUGGUGGAUGUCGCACUUGAGUUGUAUAAUUCAAGAUCCGAGUUUGGGCUCACGCCUAAUAGUAUGGUUUACAACUAUUUGAUCAAUGUUUUCUGUGGGGAUGGUAGCAUUGACGAAGCCUAUCGAGUGUUGAAGCAUUCUAUGGAACAAGGGUAUUUUACAGGUAGGAAAACAUUUUCUAUUCUGGCAGACUCAUUGUGCAGAGAGGGAAAGCUCGAGAAGAUGAAAGAGUUGGUUAUUUUCGCCCUAGAACGAAACUUUAUGCCAAGUGACUAUACAUUUGAUAAGUUCAUUACAACUCUUUGCAGUACUGAGAGGGUAGAAGACGGUUAUUUGGUACAUGCGGAACUCAACAGAAUUAAUAAGGUUUCUACAAAGAAGACAUAUUUUAGCUUGAUAAAUGGUUUUAACAGGUCUAGCAAGGGGGAUAUUGCUGCCAGGCUUCUGAUUGAAAUGCAAGAAAAGGGUCACUUACCAAUUCGUAAACUGUUCAAAGAUGUAAUUUGCUGUCUCUGUGAUAUGGAAAAUCCAGAUAAGCAAUUUUUUACUUUGUUGGAGAUGCAGUUGUCUUGUAGGGAACCCAGCCGUGAUAUAUACAACUUUUUCAUCUACGGAGCUGGGCAUGCCAAAAGGCCUGAUCUGGCUAGACAAGUAUUUGAGAUGAUGGAGCGGAGUGGGAUUCAUCCCAAUGUGAGAUCCGAUGUUCUUAUGUUGCAGAGUUAUUUGAAGAGUCAACGAAUUUCGGAUGCAUUGAACUUCUUCAAUGAUCUGCACCAGAGGAGAAAGGUGAUGGGGAGAAGGCUAUACAGCACCCUGAUCGUUGGUCUAUGCAAAGCCAAAAAGGCGGAAAUUGCAGUUAACUUCUUGAUGGAAAUGAAAGAGAAGGGAGUGGUUCCAAGCGAUGACUGUUACGAGUUUCUGAUACAGUUGCUGUGCCAGAAUAAAGAAUUUGAUAUGGCAGUAAAUCUCAUAAAUGACUUGGAGAAAGUCGGCCGCCAUAUUACAUCCUUUACCGGUAACAUACUUCUGUUGCAAUCUCUGAAAACUCCAGAGCUCUACAAGUCUUGGGUACGGCUGAGAGAGGAGCGGAAUGAGAUGUCUGAUCGUUCAAUGCUUGGUCUGCUCAUUGGUGCGUUUUCUGGUCAGAUUAAGGUGAGCCGAGAUAUUGGGAAUUUGGAAGAAGCUAUUGAAAUGUGCUUUCCGCUAGACGUGUUCACACACAAUUUGUUGAUUAGAAGACUAAGCCAAAGCAACAUGGAGCACGCUUGUGCUUUGUUCGAAAAGAUGUGCCAAAAAGGUUAUGAGCCUAAUCGAUGGACUUACGACGCCUUAGUAGAAGGUUUUCUUAGACAUGGGAGGACAUCUGAAGCAAGGAGAUGGGUAGAAGUGAUGUACCGGAAAGGGUUUUAUCCAACAGGGCGCACAAAUCUACUCAUUUAAUUGGAUUUCAUUUGAUAGACAUUACACAGUUGCAAAGCUUGUACGAGCUUUUGCUGCCGUGGUAAGAUUGUCUUGUUGAUAUUUUCAAUUGUGUUUUCGACCAUGUUGGAGUGUUAGUCACCAAAGAGUUAUUCAAUAGGGUGAGUCUUCGACAAUAUGCUACACUGAACAUAAGCGCACCGUGCUCUUUUUGCUU